AUGGUUUCAGGAUUAAGUACCCAGAGUUUUCAAUAUCAAGGGGAUAGAAGUAAAUGGGGUGUGCGUUUAGUAUGUAAAGUACGACAGUGUUCUGAAUGUCAGGGGGACACAAAAUUCUACUGUUACACGUGUAAACAUGAUCUGUGUCUACAGUGUAAAGAGGAACAUGCUAUUGAUCUAGAUACCGUAUACCACGAUGUUGUGAUUUACAGUGAGAAAAAUAAAUACAUAUCAAAACAAGAUACAUGUGCGAGACAUCCAAAAAAAAUCUGUACAAUGUUUUGUCACUCAUGUAAACUUCCUGUUUGUUCCCAUUGUAAAGAACACAAAUAUCACCAAAUUCAUGUAAAGGACAUAAGAAAAACAUGUCAAGAAAAAGGUCAUCAACACAGAAAAAUCCUUAACAACAUCAGAAGUGAGGCUUUAUUUUACAGUUGUAUUCUUCUGAAAGAUAUCAGAAUUGAUAUGAAAAUCCUUAACACAGAAAUCUUCAAACUUCGAUCAGAGAUGCCAAGAAAAGCUCAGAAACUAAAGGAUUGCAUCGACGCUGCAAUAUUUGAUAUUGAAAUCGGAUUAACAAUUAAUAAAUUACAAAAACAGAAGAGAAAAAUUAGUAGAAAACGUAUCAUUUUUGAGAACUAUGAACAAACAUGUGAACAAUCAGCAAGUAGACCAGUACAAUUCCUUUUGUACCAAAAGAAUGUCCGUAUCCCCAAGAUAAAUAACUUGACACAUUCCUCUCCGUCCUUCUUCACUGAGAAAAUCAACCUGGAAGAAGUGAUUAAGACUUUGAGUGAAAUCAAAUUUCUAGAGACAGGGAAAAAACAAGUAAGAAAUGAAUGUUUUCUUAAACUGCAAACCCAAGUUACACAGAUCUAUAACAGUGGACAUGGUAAAAGACUUUAG